CUCAAUCCUCCCUCCUCCCUUCCGCCGUCCUCCCUCUUCUCAUUUGUCCUCUGCCUCUCCGGGCAGCAGCUGCGCGCGUGCUCGCCAGCAUCUCGGCCAUCGGACCCAUCUACAGAUGUCGCUAGCCUCCCCGGGGUGACGCCGAGGGCCGCUCGGGUGGUGUGAAGAGACAGAGGGUCUGGUAAUCUCGAGACUGGAUUUCUCUUUCUUUGGGGUUAUUUUGGCUUUGGAAUUUCGUCUGUGCCGGAAUGUUUCCACUGGAUCACUCGGCAUACGGGAGGGAAAUGUGAUCCAAAGCCGGCUGCGUAAAGGAAGCGGGAUCAUGCGUUGCUUUAGCGGAUUAAUCCGCCCUGUGAUAGCGCUGCGUGACAACACCCCCCCCUCCAUCCCGCUGCCCUUCUCUUCCUCCUCCUGCCGCCGCUUCUGCACUCUGAAUUGUUGCUGUUGUGUGUCAGGACAAACGCCGAAAUCAACUGUCACGAGGGCUUAAAACAAAAGAUAGAAUAUAUAGAGAGGGAAUCAAAGCAGAAGCAGGAAUUCUGGGACAGUCGACAUCCCAAGGGAGACAGAAUUUAGGUGCGGUGGGACUCUGCCAGGGCAAAAGCUGCUGGAUCAUCCUGCAUCUGGGAAUUUCAUAUUUUCCUGCACUCACGCUAGGACAUGGUGAGGCGUACGCGUGCAUGCUAAGUAGGAAUUAGGUUUGGAUGUUUUUUUUUUUUUUUUUUUUUUUUUUUGCUGCAGCGCCGCACUCUCAUGCACGGAUACAGAGCCUUUCCACCCUUCCCUCUGUCGUCUUCUCUCCUUUCUUUCCUUCCACUUCAAGUUGAGAGUCGGUUGGGACUCGAAGGCAGACUAAUCGUCCGAUUGUCUGACUACACCUACUCUCCAUGCAUGUCCCUCUAGUCCUAUUGGCCUUCUGUGUGUGUGGAUUAUUUGUGUAUUCCGUCAUCUCCACCUUGGUCCGGAACGUUUAUGACACAUGCCGAGCACAGGAUUAACCCCUAAUGAGCCAUAAAGAAAGGCCCGGAAGGAUGAGCGAGUGUUCCAGGGCCACCGCAACGGGUGCAGUGAUCCUGGAGGAACCGGAGCCGUCAGGGACCUCGGGUGCCUCAGGGGCCCGUGGCGAGGGCCCGGCGCGAAACCGGGGCCCUUUGGGGUGUGCCCUGUGGCCCCGCCAGCAGACAUGGCUCUGCGUGGUUCCGCUCCUCAUUGGAUUCAUCGGGUUGGGUUUGAGUCUGAUGCUCCUCAAGUGGAUUGUGGUCGGGACUGUGCGGGAUUAUGUACCGACAGACCUGGUCGAUGCCAACCGGAUAGGACAGGACCCCAUCUUCCUCUCAAAGCCCAGCGGGAUUCCCAAAGGGCCCGAGACUACUACCACCACCACCACGGCCACAAACACUCCUAUGGCUGACUACAAGCCUAAAACUGUAACUGUUGGAAGAGGAAGAACUCGAUCCACCGAGACCUCCACGGCUAACCCAAGAACAAGCGGGGCCUCGGGUAGCCUGGCGACCCCUCGCAAUCACGGAAAUCGUAACGGACGCGUUCCGGUGGGUUUCACCACACCGCCUUGGACCACCCUGAGAACGUCCAGUUCGUCUCCAUCUAAUCCUACCGUGCUACACGACUCCACACAGAUGUGGACUUCGGAACAUACAACCACAGGGGCCACCACCACCACAGCAGCCCACAGGCACGGCCACCACAAAACACAGAGCUUUGCAGCUGACAGCAGGUUAACAAUUGACUGUUGUUUUCACUCUGAAAAAAGAGCGUCUCCGACCGUGCCGCCGUUGCGCUCGGAGCAUUUCAAGCCGUGUCACGACAAGGACCUGGCCUACUGCCUGAACGGUGGCGAAUGCUUCGUCAUCGAGACCCUCGGCGGACCUCACAAGCACUGCAAGUGUCGAGAAGGCUACCAAGGCAUCCGCUGUGAUCAGUUCCUGCCCAAGACCGACUCCAUCCUGUCCGAUCCAAACCACCUGGGCAUCGAGUUCAUGGAGAGCAGAGAAGUGUACCAGAGACAGCUGCUGUCCAUCACGUCCAUCGCCAUGGCAAUUGGCCUCCUGGGAGUGCUCUGUGUCGCCCUCUACUGCCGAAACAAGCAUCGGCGAGAGAAACUUCAAGCUCACAUGAAGGAAAAUCGAAGUGUGAACAACUACACUACAAACGUCAUCAACGUAUUACACUCCAAGACCAGGAACGGCAAAGCCGACAUCAGAAUGCACCAGCAGUAUUGUAAACGUCAUUCUGCAUGUCGCCACAGUAACAUGUGUGACUCCGGCUUCACGCUGUCCAGAAGCACUCUGAAGCUCACCACGGAGCAGAAGAGUCUGGUGGCUCAUUGGUCAGCCACUCGCAGAACCCCGCCCAUUCCAGGAGGACGUCCCAAGGCUUUUGGUCCGGCGUAUCAGCACCUCCAAGAGGCGGAGCCUACUGAGAAGGAGCGCCAGGCUGGAGCACCAGGCAGUUGCCCGCUAAAUAUGCAAUCUGCCGUCACUGCGCGCUCGCCUCCCGACGGCAUGCGGCGAAGCCCGACCCACCGCUCGGACCGUGUCCCCAUCGAGCCGUCCCUCCAGGGUCGCCACGAUGAUGACGUUUUCUGUAUGCAAACCGCAACGAUGUCAUCAAACGGCACCACACCCCGCCGAGAAGACACCGGACAGCAAUCCCCGGCGCCGUGUCAGCGGCGGCGACAAGGCGAGGAGCAGCAGGUGGCGCGGCUGCUGCUGCACAAAGCGCAGGAGCAUCUCCGGGCCUCGGCGCGGAGGCGGCACGAGGAAGGCUGCGGCGUCCCAUGUGGCGGCCCGCUGGUAGCGCAGGCCAGAGAAACUGUUUGUUUCCUCAACCUUGGCGCGGGCGGAGCCGGUAAGGCCACGCACACUCACUUAUUACGAGAGCCAGACCAAUAAUCAGACCUCAAAAGACGCUCUCGUUGGACAAAAGAAAAAUCAUUGUCCGGUUCUAGCCUCGCACAAAAUGGCCACAAUGAAAACGAAAAAAAUGGAAAUUCAUUUAUUUCUUAAACACGACAAAAAAGAUACCAAAUAGCCCGUCGCUCCAUGGUGGUUUUCACUGUACAAAGAAUAUAUGAAUAUAUAAACAUGAUAUAUGGAUAUAAAUAUAUGGAAUUCUAAAAGUGACCAAGUUGAAGAACAGAAAUGAUGUACGUCUUUUUUCUUCUUCUUUUUCCCCUUGUUUUUGUAUGACGAACGCCGUCACACUCUCUUUGUGCUCGCCAACGCCAAGAUGGCUACGGUGUUGACGACUUGUCAGCCAAAAAACAGUGUGUGAGUGCGCGUGUGUGCGUGCGUGUAUUCUCGCGCUCCACGUUGUUUUUUCAAAAGUUGCCAAUGGUCACUACGGCGUGCAAAGGAACCAAAAAAGAGUGUAGGACACAAGGAGGGAAGGACACAAGGAGAGAAGGAAGCGCUCAUCUGAUUGAUUCUCAUCUGAUUUGACGAGUGGCGCCACCGCGCGGGCUGGCUGUUGAAACAAGAAAUAAAUGUCUCUAUGUUGUAUCCUCACCGUGCCUCGCCGCGCACUCUGUGUGUCUACGCAACAGAGACCGUCCCCCAAGCUGCAUCCCCGUCUCGCAAGAUAAGCCCCCCCCCCUUCCCAAAAAAAAGAAGCCCUUGACUUGCUGCUCAAUUUGGGGACUUUGUUGUGCGUUUGUAAUUGUGUGCUCACGCCGGGCGCAAAUUUAACUUUUGGGGCCACGGGAUGGCAUCAAAUGACAAUGACGCAAACGUGAAAAUUUGCUCCUUUGCAAAUGUGAAUUGCGAGAGCCGCUCGGUGUCGAACCAAGGGUGGCACGUUGCUUGUUUUGUUUGUUUGGCUGCAAGACGCGCUGCGAAAGACUUUCUCUUAUCAGGUUCCAUGAGGCGCGGAGGAAGCAGUUUCAUGUCGGCCGUGCAAACCAGAGAGAAAGCCCUUGCGCGAGAUUGACAAGGUAAGAGCCCUGGAAUUAAAAUGGACCAAUUCUUGAAUUCUUCAAGCUGUUUGUGCAGAGACACUCAAUUGGUUUGGGGGGAUAUUUAUUUUUCGACUUUUCAGGAUGCCGCCAAGUGAUUUUGUUCAUGACAAUGUGGCCGCUGCAGCUCAUGUCUGUUUCUGCUCACAAGACGAAGGUUAAAAGGAUUGAGCAGCUUCUCGAGGUGUCACCAGUGACUUCCUUGCUAGCUUCCAAGGCCGUGCGACGAUCUCGUGGCGUCAAGAAUACUUUGUGAACGUUUUGCGCCGACGUCGUGGUCUCUUGGUCGGGCUUGCUAAUGAAAGGCUAUUUAUAGGCUGCUGGCAUUUGAUGACAUUCAGUGGCGCCGCGGCGCUCCAAUUACAAGACUCGGGUUAUGAGAAGCUUGCCGUGGGUAGAAAGGACUCGCCGCGACGCGUCAUCGUCUCCAAAAACACACAUUUGCACGCCACAGCAAGGACACUUUUGAGUUUCCAAGAUGUCCGACAGACUUGACUUGCACGCACAAGCCCUCUAAUUAAUUAGUUAGUUAACUUUGCCAAUUUUGUUUUUGAGCUUACUAAGGCGACAUGAAAUAAGUGCGGCCCAACAAGUUGUUUUAGUUUUAGUCAUUGGAACCGUCUUUGGACUUUACGCCACUGCAUUUCUUUGGAAUGAGAAUCCUAACAGGUUUCCCGAAGCGAGAAAUCCGCAUCGGGUGCGGGUCGUGACAUCGCUGUGCUUGAACGCUGCUCUCCUAACAUCUGGCACCACAAACUGCAGCUGCUCAACAAAAUGUUUGACUUAUCUCACGUUGUUCUUUUUUAAGAGGUGUUAGGAUACGGAUUUUAGCUAUUGAUCUGACUCCAAAUUGUGAUCAACACUUAACACAAGAAUUGUUAUGUCCAAAUCCACACACUGUCGCACCUAACAAUUUUGCGAGUUUGUUCUGUCAAAGAGAAGACCAGUCCAGUAGAUCAAUUAGGCCGAAUUUACCAACUGUUUAAUCCUGACAAAGCAAGCUAAUACAGGUGCCUGGGUCCCGGGUCCUUAACACCAAAAUACUCGUGUGCCUUCGUGACCAUCAAAGACAACACAUUCUUCCGGGUUGCCCAGUUUUAAAGAAACACAAUAUGAAUAUUCAAGCAUGCAAAAUAUUGUGUGGUGAUUGGUCGAUGGUUGAUGGUCAUCUCCUUCUCGUUUGGGUUUUCCCCUGCUCAGCACAGGUGUCUGGACCACAAAGACGAGUUGUUAUUCGCGUUCCUCAUCGGCCUUGAGAUAUCCUCCCUUUCUGGACAUCCUGUUCCACAAUACUUUGAAGAAAACCAAUUAAUGUGGCCUGCACAUUCCUUUCCACCACACGAGUACACUACUACUGAAAAUUAUGUUGACAUGAUUAUAAGUCUAGCGCUGCCUUAACCAAAUGUGUUUGCAGACUGCCGAAAGUACAUUUCCCUUUAGAGGCUUUGUUUUUACGCUGGCCUAGUAAAACUUGUUUCCUUAGCAAAAGACAGACAUGUAGGGACUGGAAGUUUGCGCUUAAGGUUUUGUGCUUUUGUUAUUAUACAAACACAUCGUGUAUCGAAAUGUCUAUGUAAUCAUAGGUGGCGUUAAUACAAUUGUCUGGGUGACCGCUCGCAUUGAUUGAGCCUUCACUUUGACUGACAUGCGCAAAUGUUAAUAGAUUUGAUUUCUCUGCACAAUGGGUUAGGUCCGUAGUUUUGGAAUGUGAUUCUCUGCCCCACACAUGACGUCGAGGUCCGAUAGUGUCAGUGACAUCAAACAUCCUCGCACUGGCACGUGGGCGGUUGAGUGAGCCAGCGAGUGCGUGCGGGUAUGGAGCAGUGAUUGAGUGUUGCUGUGCUGCUGGAAUGGUCACUUUGUGUUGGCUGGCAGUCGUUUUGCAUUUUGCAGGAUUACUCCGUCGCUCAUGCUGACCAAUUAGGAUUAUCCACAUGGGCAGAUGCGCCUUACGUCCGCCGUGGCAAAGCAUCUUAUUUUAAAUGAAAUACACCCAACGACCACAGAGUGUCACUAGAACUCAACGUAACUGAUUUGACUUUUGACCAUAUUGCUGGCAAUUUUGUAUUGAACUGUGAAAUGUUGUAAACAAGAAAUCGGUGUUUGCAAUGCUUAAUCAACUCAUAAAGGUUGCUUCAAAUCAUUCUUGUCUUUAUUCAUGCAAGACGGCUUGCCACGUUUCGCACAUUGGACGUUCUUGUUUCACAUUUAUUGAUUAUUCCCUUGUAACUGUUCAGAGUAGCGUUUUGUUUUCCAGACGGUGACACGGAGAACUUCACCAGGUCUGGACCGUCUUGUCCGACACAAACUUGCCGUGAGGCUCCAAAGCUCCGACGGGAAGCAGAGCCAAGAAGACUGGCGUCUCAGCACCUUCUUCAGGAGACUUGGGGGCUUUGGAGCCCGCCAUGUCGGUGCGCACCCAGCCGGGGCAGCACGCGUUUACCAGGAUCUGAACAGAAGCAUUCGUCAAGAGGCGUUCUGACAUUCUUGCUCACGCGUGCUCGUUACCUGAUCGUUUGCUCUCUCUUUGGACAGACGUCUCGCGUGGAUCAUGGACAGAGUCUGAUUGAGCAAACGUGCAGAAAAACAAGACAACAAAACAUCACCAGUCAAGAACCCGUUGAGGUUUUGUCCAAAUUCCAAUCCCCAAAACUCUUUCAAAUGGCGGGGCACGGUACCGUCACGCCGAUCUUGGAGACUCCGUAGGCCGUGUCAGGCCAUCCCGCCUGCUUGUGCCGGUCGUCCUUGGCGAGCUCGACGAAGUGCGUCAUGAGAGUUGUCAACUCGUCUUCAGUGAUGUCGUCACUGCGGAAACGUCUCUGCAGCUCCUCACUGCACUUGUGCAGGCUGCGCACGCUCACAAAGCUCGACACGUUCACUACACGGCCUGAAAAAGGCAGAAGCAGCGUGGAGUUUCAAGGAACUCAGACCUUCAAUGUGAGCUCAGAGAAGCGUGCGGCUCCGUACCUCCGCAUUUGAUGAGCGGCAGGAAGUGGGUCAGCAUGUCCCGUGUGGCAAAGUAGUUGGUCCGCAGCGUCACCUCGGCCUGCGUGCCAAACGGCGCCGGGUCGGCCACUGAAUGUGGAUGGCAAAAAGGAACACUCAACAAAAAGACAGAGUUGGUACUUUACUGGGUAAACAGCAUUUCAAAACUGUGUGAGAAUUAGCGAGUUGCCCCAUAACGAACUACGGACGCAUUUUUCGCACUACAAGUCGCACAAGUCAAAAAGAUGGGAGAGGAAAGAAAAAAAAAAAAAAAGAUCGAUCCGAUUUUAGAGGGAAAUGUUUUGAACUAGAACAGAGAGCAAGGAGAGUGGAGCUCAGACCGGCACCCACAAUCCUUGUGCUGAAAGGCCGAAUCUCACCAAGCAGCAAAUAUUUGCAAGUGUGUACACACGGGUUUGGGUCACCAUCAAAUUUAGUAAAUUAAUUUCAAGGUUUCUUUGCAACGAGUUACCUUUAAAAGCGAUGCCGGCGUUGUUGACGAGCACAUCUACGCCGCCGUACGUUUGUUUGAAGAAGUCGGCAGCCUUCGCGAUGCUGCUGAUUUCAUUGAUGUCCAACUGGUGGAAGUUGACUUUCAAACCCUCUGCUCUCAAGGAUGCUGUGGCCUCCUCCCCACGCCCCCUGCCCAGAAGGGGUGGUCAAAAUAAUUUUUGAAGUUGAGGUGGCCACAUGUGCGGCGUGUGAAAAGACGUACCCGUCCCUGGCGGUGAGGUAUACGUCUCCCUGGAAUUCCUUGCACAGCGCCUGCACGAUGGCCUUGCCGAUGCCUUUGUUGGCCCCCGUUACCACGGCGACCUUGCUGGACAUCUUCUUGGUCAAGUCGAUAUGAGGAAAGACAAAUGAAUGAAAACAAUUCACCUGUUCUUUAGUUCGGCUGCGGUGAAAUCCAAAGUAAUCCCCAGAUAUUGCGGCACUCGUGUGACUCUUUAACCAAUCACGUUUAAAAUGGGCGGCACAGCAUUUUAUUGUCCUUUAAUUGGGUGGGCGCAACAAAACUUGCUACUCGCAAAAUGUUUGAAUGGUUUGAUUGAAAACUAAUUGUUUAUCAAAUUAAUUGAAAACUACUUUGACAAUAGAUGGGGCUGUAGAAAUAUACUUAACUCCGAAAAAAUAUUGAAAGGUGCACUUGAUUACAAUUAAAAUGUUACAUUCAAAGAGAACCAUUCCAGCAACGCCCAGAUUUGCUGAGUCAUGGUGACUGCUAUUCUUUGUAUAAGAAAAAGACGACUGUCGAUCAAUUUAACAGAUUAUGCAUUAGAACGUCAAAUAAGUGACAAACUGUUUGUAACAAUGGCACAAUUUAUUUGUUUGCAGGUCGAAAAUGUUUUGACAAUUUUUUUUUAAUCUAUUUUUUUAAUGUCUUUUUUUAUCUGAACUUUUUUUAUCUAAACAAUGUGCAUAUAAAUGCAAUAGUAGUUGACCCCAGAAUGAUAUAGAAAUAAAAUUAAAGUGUUUAA